UACAAGGUCUUUCAAUCAAGAUGGCCUUCUUUUUCCUCUUGCACUUAUUUCUCAUAGUCAUGGUAUCCUUUACUGUGUUUGGUAAAGGAGCAAAUGAUUGCGGAGAGUUUAGGUGCAAUAGUGAUGGCCCUAGCAUUCAUUUCCCCUUCAGGCUUCAACAUCAGCCCGAACAUUGUGGCUAUCCUGGCUUUGAGCUAUCUUGUACCAACAAUAAGACCAUACUUAGUACCCUUCCUAAUUCACUUAUACUAUUAGUUGAGGAUAUUGAUUAUGUAUCUCAGAAGAUUAGGCUUUAUUGUCCGAGAAGUUGUAUUGUGAACCUAUUGCACUUUAACUUUUCAGCAUCUCCUUUCCUCUUUAAUGAUGAGCCUCCUCUUUGUAACUUCUCCAUUUUUAGUCGUUCCGGUAUCUCAUUAAAUGGUGACUUUGGCUCACAUGGUUGCUCUGCUACCUCUGACUCUGGAUUAAUUGCUAUCAGCAAUAUAAAACCUUUGGAAAAUUACCCUGUUCUUUUACGUUGUAAAAAGAUUGAUGAAAUUUCAUAUGUUCCCUGUGUUCUAGAAUACGAUCACCCCCUCUGGAUCAGCUGGUUAAAUCCAAAGUGUGGCUACUGUGAAGGUCUUGGAAAGGAUUGUGGUUUCAAGAACUAUAGCAACCAACUGGGAACUCAGUGUUUCGACAGACCAUCGACUACAAAAGGUAUUAACUCAUUCAAAGAUCUCUUUUGUUUGCAGAAUUGAUAAAAUAAUAAUAUCAAAAGUGAAUGUAUCAUAACUAGAACAUUUUAUUUACAAUCUUUCCAAAUCCAUCUGCCUCUUGAAUAUGGUAAUGGAUUUGGAUGUGAUAUCAUUUUUUAAUAAGGUAAAUAAUUAUAUAAAUG